ACUGAUGACCACAGGUGGCCGGCCGAACAAACCCUCGGCACGAUCGCCUGCCUCCAUAAAUCUCCCUCUUCACUUCAGGCGAAAAGGAUCAACCAAACCCUCUAAUCCAUUUCGGCAUUUCCAACGCCUUCGCCCUACCAGCCACGUCGCUUCGAGGCCGAUCGACCGAGCAGCUGGUGGCAAUGGCGGCGGCGGCGGAGGUCGUGCUGCUGGACUUCUGGGUGAGCCCCUUCGGGCAGCGCUGCCGGAUCGCGCUGGCGGAGAAGGGCGUGGCCUACGAGUACCGCGAGCAGGACCUCCUGGACAAGGGCGAGCUGCUCCUCCGCUCCAACCCCAUCCACAAGAAGAUCCCCGUCCUGCUCCACGCCGGCAGGCCCGUCUGCGAGUCGCUCGUCAUCCUCCAGUACAUCGACGAGGCCUGGCCGGACGUCGCGCCGCUCCUCCCCAAGGACGACCCCUACGCCCGCGCGCAGGCGCGUUUCUGGGCCGAUUACAUCGACAAGAAGAUCUAUGACAGCCAGACUCGGCUGUGGAAGUUCGAGGGCGAGGCGCGGGAGCAGGCGAAGAAGGACCUGGUGGAGGUCCUGGAGACCCUGGAGGGGGAGCUCGCCGACAAGCCCUUCUUCGGCGGCGGCGCCCUCGGCUUCGUGGACGUGGCUCUGGUGCCCUUCACGUCCUGGUUCCUCGCCUACGAGAAGCUGGGCGGGUUCAGCAUCCAGGAGCACUGCCCCAGGAUCGUGGCCUGGGCGGCGCGUUGCAGGGAGCGGGAGAGCGUGGCCAAGGCGCUGUCCGACCCUGCCAAGGUGCUCGAGUUCGUCCAGUUCCUCCAGAGCAAGUUCGGGGCCAAGUGAUCGGAAGCACUGCGUGUGCUGCUAUGCAGGCGGCAGGCCAUGCUGGUGCUUUGAUCUGCUCGAUCAGCUCUAUGCCCAUGCUAGCGUUGCAUAGCGCAGUUGAUGUGUGAUGUGUCUGGUUGGUUGUAGCUGCUCUUUGCCUGGUUGCGUCAGUGUAAGGUUUCAGGUUUUCAGCGUCUGGGCCUCUGGGGUAGCUCUGCCUCUGCGUUGCCCUUGCCCUUGCCCUUGCCCCUGCCCCCUACCUAGCGGCUCUUGAGCUCUUCGGCUCGCCAGCAAUAAAGUUGCAGAGGCUUUAGCUAAAAGUUUCUGCAUUUUUUAGUUGACGAUUAUUGGAUCGUUCCUGUCGCUUGGUGUAAGAAUCUCUAGAAAUUCCUUGGUUUUCUUAUUUGUUGUGCCGUCGAGGAGACCGCGGUGAGCUUAAUGUGCGCGCGCGCGGUAACAUUUUGCUCCGAACUACCUUGGAUGCUGCGAAUGGCCAACAAGAGUAUUCGGCGCGUUAAGGACAAUCGGGUUUUGGGAGGACAGAUGGAUCAUGAGUUCAUGACCCUUUAAGGCCCUGUUCGUUUUGCAUGGAUUUGAGGUCUGAAACGGUUUAUGAUCGGAUUGUUUAUUUAAUUUAUAUAAUUUUUGAU